GUGAAUUAAGUGAUAAUGAGGUAUAUUCAGACCUAUAUGUCAACAUAUGUUCCCAAGUAGUCAUUGUUUCAGUACUAUCACUCCUCCUCCUCCUCCUCCCUCGACUCGAAUAUCUCCCCCUCACCGGUGGGUGUUGAUCUAGAAACUUCCCACUCAGCUUUUAAAUUCAGAAAUUCUUGGCUGAUUUCAUUCUGACAUUCACGUAACCAGGAGCAAGAUGACAACAUACACAGACAAAGGCGAAAAGCAUGAUCAGGGGAGCUUCCUCUGCUUUGAUCACAUUACAUUCUGGGUUGGAAAUGCCAAACAGGCUGCAUCAUAUUACUGCAACAAGCUGGGAUUUGAGCCUCUGGCCUACCAGGGUUUGGAGACAGACAGCCGUGAUGUGGUGUCCCAUGCAGUCAAACAGGGAAAGAUCAUUUAUGUGUUCUCAUCUGCCCUCAACCCUGGGAACAAAGAGAUGGGCGAUCAUUUAGUCAAACAUGGGGAUGGAGUGAAGGACGUUGCCUUUACAGUGCAGGACUGUGACUUCCUUGUGCAGAAAGCCAGAGAGCGAGGCGCAAUUAUUGUAAAGGAGCCCCGCACCCUGGAGGACAAGUGUGGUAAAGUCAGGCUGGCCGUGCUUCAAACGUAUGGUGACACCACGCACACGUUUGUGGAGAGGGCCGGAUACAGCGGGUUGUUUCUGCCGGGCUUCCAGCCCCCGAUCUUCAAGGACCCCUUACUCGACAAACUACCAAGUGGAAAACUGAACUUCAUUGAUCACGUUGUGGGAAACCAACCAUAUGAUGAGAUGGUCCCAGUGGUGGAAUGGUAUCAAAGAAACCUUCUCUUCCACCGCUUCUGGUCCGUCGACGACAAGCAGCUUCAGACGGAGUUUAGUGCCCUGAACUCUAUUGUCGUGGCAAACUACGAGGAGACGGUGAAGAUGCCCAUCAACGAGCCUGCCAUGGGGAAGAGAAAGUCUCAAAUCCAGGAAUAUGUGGAGUACUACGGAGGUCCAGGAGUGCAACAUAUAGCCAUGAACACAUCAGAUAUCAUCACUGCAAUCCGUAACCUAAAGGAGCGUGGGACGGAGUUCAUGUGUGUGCCAGACACCUAUUACCACCUACUCAGGGAGAACUUGAAAGACUCAAAGGUCACAAUCUCAGAGGACCUGGAUGUUCUGCAGGAGCUGAAGAUCUUGGUGGACUACGACGACAAUGGCUAUUUACUUCAGAUCUUCACUAAGCCAGUUCAGGAUCGCCCCACCGUGUUCUUGGAAGUCAUUCAGAGACACAACCACCAGGGCUUUGGCGCCGGGAACUUCAAGGCUCUUUUUGAAGCCAUCGAAGCAGAACAGCACGCUCGGGGAAAUCUGACGAUCCUGACACCAAAUGGAGUUUCCAAGAACAUGUGACGUGAUCGCCGUAUUGCAAUUACUUUACAGUUAGGGAAAGUCUGAAUAACUAUCAAUGAACGAUGAAGAGACGCUUAACUUGUAGUACGUGCCACAUCAAUGCUUUGAUAUUGUGAGAUACACAAUAAUAAUGUGCAACGGGUGUUGUUUUUUUGUGACUUGCAUGUUUUAUUCCAAUGUAACAUAUAUUGUAUCUGUCAAAACGUACCUCAUUUAAUCACAACGUAACCAUAAUGCAACACUUUCUUUUUUAUAAAAUGUUAGCAACAAAAAAUAAUAUUAUUGACACAAGCUUGACUCAAGCAAAACACAGUUUAAGCUCUCAUAAACGAAAACAUUUAACUUUACACAUUUGUUAUCUGGACUAGAAGGUCAACGGACCUUUCAUUGUAACAAAGGCCUUUUUGGGAAGAGGCAACAAUCGCAAUGCGUCAAAUUUGUGUUUAUAAACUGUAAUUUACAUACAAAUGUCCUGUUUUGUAUUGUAGUAUUUAGUCUAAACAGUGGUUUCCAGUACUUGAGGGGGGCACACAAUAAUGUCAUGCUUGACCUCCAUUGAUAAUCCAUAACUGUCUUGCAUGCUGUUUAGGACAGUUUAUUAAGUCAUAAUUCACUGAGCCGCCACUCGCCUGCACUGAUGUCAUGAGCUCCUGUUUGGCCUCCAGACUGUCCAGGUUUGAGUAUUGAAAUGGCUUUUUUGAUGCAUCUUCA